AUGCAAGAGAAACAGAAAUAUCGCAAAUAUAAGGCUUGGAUGCAAGAACGAACUUCUGCUGCAUUAGGACGUUUAGAUGAAUGCCCACGGAGCCUCAGCGGUACCGGAGGAGAUAGUCUGAUUAUUCGUGAUGCAAUUCAUGGAAAUAUUGGGUUGGAACCCAUACCGCAACUCAUUGUGGAUUCCCCGGAGUUUCAACGCCUACGGGAUAUACAUCAACUUGGGUUAUGUUAUUUGUUUCAUCUCAACUGUCAGCAGACUCGAUUUGAGCAUUGUAUCGGUACAUAUCAUUUGACGUGCCAACUUUUGUCAUCAUUUGAAACUGAUUCGGCUUAUUCUGGUCCAAAACUAACUUCCAGUGAAAUUCUUGAAUUGAAAAUAGCUGCAUUGUGUCACGACAUUGCCGCGUUCAAUGUCCGCUCACUGUACCAGAUCGGUCAACAAAGUGCCUUGGCUAGAACCCUUGAGACCUUCCAAUUAGAUGUAUGCUGUGUCACCGAGACACGCAUACAAGACCCUACUUCAAUCAUCUCCAUGCGUGCUCCAGAUCCAACCUCAUCCUCAAGCUUCACUCUCCUUGUGUCAGGCGAUUCGGCAUCCGAAGAUCGCGGUCACGAAAAACUCAGUUUUGUCAUUUUGCGAAGAAUCAUAAACAACAAUGAAGUUUUGAGAAAAAAACUAGACGAAGAACAUGUCAAUUUGGAUGUUGUGAAAAAUUUGAUUUUGGGCCUUCCCACUCUGAUUCUCUCAAAUGAAGAAAAUGGAUUGGAUGUGGACAAAUUGGACUAUCUUCUGCGUGACAGUCAUUAUUCCGGAAUUGACCGCGGAUUGUCCCUUGUCAAACUGAUCCGCCUGAUCCAAUCGAUCCGACCCGCGGCCUAUUUGGAUGAACACAUGCAAGAAGAUCAGCCACUGUCCAAUAUCAACCCGAAAUGGCAUUUGUCCAUCCCGGAAUCCGAAUUAGAAAACGUACUGAGUAUUUUCAAUUUGCGUAACUUGCUUCAUCGACGAAUAUAUCAGCACAACUCGGUCACAGCGCUGAAUCUCAUGCUUUUGGAUGCACUAAACACUUUGGAACACGUCACAAACUGGCGCGAGUUGAGCUUGAAAGCACAAAAUGCUGCAAAUGAACACGAGCUUGAUCAGUUCCUUCAACUAACUGACGGUCUGUUGUGGAAUAUGUAUCACAAACGAAUUCGUCUACCCAUCAGUCCCGCGGAUACAUUCCGUCGCGAAUUGGAUAAGGCAUCCGGAAUAAUUCACAAAAUGCUGACGCUGGAUCUGUAUAAAUUCGUCGAUUGUUUGUAUGUGGUCCAAAUGAACGAUUCGAUGGAUGAAUCCACUGUACCCUAUCCACGUAAUCUGUAUAUAAACGGUACCAUUGUGCCUCGAAAUCGGGUGUUUUGCGAUCCGGUGAGUUCUGUGUGCGUGUUUGUAUGUAUGUAG